AUGUUGUAUGUAACUAAUAGUAAUAAAGAUAAAAACCAAGAUUUAGUUCAACAAAUUCGUAAGUGGGCUGUGCAGUAUAAUGUAUCACAUGGUUGUGCCAAUGAGAUGUUAAAUAUUCUUAGAAACAUAGGUCAAGAAAUUCCCAAGGAUAUCCGUACAAUUCUACGUGAACAUAAAGCUGUUAGACCAAUUUCAGAAAUUAAAAACGGUUCAUAUCUUAAUUUAGGUAUUUGUAAUAUUGUUCAACCUCACUUAUUAAAACAAAUAAAUAGUAUAACUAAUAAUAUAAUUAUAAAAUUAAGUUUCAGUAUUGAUGGUCUUCCUUUAGGUAAAAAUUCUAAAACACAGUUUUGGCCUAUUCUCAUGUCAUUCAUAAAUGUAUCCAUUUUUAAAAAGAAAAUUUUUCCUGUUGGUAUUUUUCACAGUUUUAAUGGUAAACCUGGUGAUAUAAAUGAAUAUUUAGGACCAUUUAUAAAUGAGCUGAAUCACAUAUUAACUUAUGGUAUUCAAAUAAACAAUAAACAAAUUAAUUUUGAAGUAGCUCACAUUGUAGCAGACGCGCCAGCUAAAGCGUUUUUAUUAAAUGUUAAAAACCAUAAUGGUUAUUUUGCCUGUACGUCUUGUGAAGUCGAAGGAGAAUAUUUGGAUAGAAUUUGCUUUUUAGAUGUAUCUGCACCGUUAAGAACAAAUAAUUCAUUUAGGUUAAAAUCAAAUGCUGAAUAUCAUAAAGAUGGAUUUAGCCCAUUGAUAGAUCUUCCUAUCGACAUAACAAAGUGUGUAGUUUUGGAUUACAUGCACUGUGUAUGCCAGGGUGUGGUAAAAAGACUAUUAGAUUUCUGGGUUAAAGGUAAAAAACCAGUUAGAAUGUUGGAGGAAAAAAAAAAUUCUAUUUCAUUAGCUUUAUUCAAUUUAAGAAAAUCCAUACCAUCAGAAUUUGCUCGUUUACCAAGAAGUCUAGAUGAUCUGGAAUAUUGGAAAGCGACAGAAUUCCGCGAAUUUUUACUUUACACUGGUAUUAUUGUCUUAAAAUCUAAUAUAAAGAAGGAACAAUACAAUCACUUUCUUCUUUUGUUUACAUCUAUUAGAAUACUGUGUUCAGAUAAAAUUUUUAAUACACAUAGUGAUUUAGCUUCAAAGUUUUUAGUAGAAUUUGUUCAAAAUUAUUCAUGCAUUUAUGGUUCAAAAUUUGUUAGUUACAAUGUACACAGCUUAAUUCAUUUGCCUUUUUUUGUAAAUUUACACGGGCCGUUAGAUAAUUUUAGCGCUUUCAAAUAUGAAAAUUAUCUUCAAACACUUAAAAAAUCAAUGAAAUGCUGUAGAUUUCCACUUGCUGAAAUCCUAAAUAAAGUAUUAGCAUCUGAAGGUGAAGAGUUAAAAACUCCUUUAAAUAACAAUUUGUUUAUUAUAGAGUCUUUUAAAAUAGAUAAAAAGCUCUCAAAUUUUAGAUUCACUUAUUUUAAAAACAUUAUUCUUAAAUCAAAUAACUAUACUCUUUGCUGUGAUAAUGUUAAAGAUCGGUGUAUUAUUCUAGAAAAUGAGGAUAUAGUGAUGAUAAAAAGUUUAUAUAAAUUAAACUCUAAAAAUGAUAGUACAAUUAAACUAUCUGUUGUUAAAUUUUUAACUGUAAAUAAUUUGUUUUUACAACCUGUACCGAGUAAACUCGUAGGAGUUUUUUCUGUUAAGACUGAUCAUAUAUCUAAUGUUUAUGACAUAAGUGUAAAUAAUAUUAUAUUUAAGUGUUUUUUUGUCCAACUUUCAAAUAAUGAAGCAAUUGUUAUUUCUCUUUGCCAUAGUAUGUAA